AAAGGAAGAGGAGGAUCUGGAAAGUGAGGAAAGGAGGGAGUGAGAGGAGUCCAUAUAAAGAAAGAGGAGGAGAUACGAGACCACAGUAACAGAGAGAUUCUACAAGCUAUACGUUUCCCAGUGCUCGCAGUAAGAUAAGUAAAAGAGGACUGGACGUGUGUCAGGAUGGCAGGCGCUGGACUGAGAGUGCGUUACUGGCUCACACUGAUCUCGGGUUUGUUCGAGUGUUUGUGCUUCGCCGGCAUCCUGUUCGGAUGGGCCUCGCUGGUGUUCGUGCUCAAGAGCGACGGCUACUUCAGCUACCUGUGUGUGAACAGUACAGUCAACGGGACCGUUACGAAAGAUUGCAGUGAGCAGGAUGAGCAGCUCUCCAUUAUCUUCACCAUCGCCUCCUUCAUGAACAACUUCUUCGCUCUGCCCAACGGGUUCGUGUUUGACCGUUUUGGCACCACGGUGACCAGACUCCUAGGAAUAUCUAUCUACACCACCGGGACCUUACUGAUAGCCUUCUCAAACGCUGCACUAUCAGUCCUCCUCUACCCUGCUGUCUCCCUUAUUGCAGUUGGAGGAAUUCUUUUCUUACUCACUAACAUGCAGGUUGGAAAUCUCUUUGGAGCCCAUCGGUCCACUAUCAUCACUCUGUAUAACGGAGCCUUCGACUCGUCCUCUGCUGUCUUCCUUGUCGUCAAGUUGCUGUAUCAAGACGGCGUGUCCCUCCGUUCCUCGCUCAUCUUCUUGUCCUGUUGCAGUGUUGUUCAUCUGAUUCGCACCUUCCUGCUGAUGCCUCGGGGACACAUCCCCUACGCUCUCCCUGAGAACUACACCUACGGGCCGGGACGUGGGGACGCUCGGACGUCUAACGAGUUGGAAAACGCCAACGCUAAGAACAGCACCCGGAAUUACGAGGCUACAGAGACGACGCCGUUUAAAGAAAACGGUCCUACCAAGACCGCCACUCCAGACAUGUCAGAGCGAAGCUUCAGAGGCUGUGUCUUCUCUUGGUUCUUCGUAUGGCAUCUGCUGUGGUUAUCGAUCAUGCAGCUGAGACACUACCUGUUCAUUGGGACUCUGAACCCCAUGCUCAACCGCCUAACAGCUGGUGACCCGAGCCUCGUGAGCAGGUACACCAAUGCAUUUGCCUUCACUCAGCUGUGUGGGAUACUGUGUGCCCCCUGGAAUGGGCUCAUUAUGGACCGGAACAAAGGAAAACCCAGGGAAAAAGGCCAGAGCGAAAGUGAGGCGGACCUGAAGGCAGCCGUAUUGUCUCUAUGCGUGACGGCGAUGCAGUGUGUGCUCUUCUCCCUGUGCGCUAGUAUUCCUCUACUACCCCUGCAGUAUCUCACCUUCAUACUACAGGUCAUCAAUAGGUCCUUCCUGUAUGGAGGGAACGCAGCUUUCAUCAGCGUGGCGUUCCCUCCUGCACAUUUCGGAAAGCUGUACGGAACAGUGAUGGCUCUCUCGGCGCUGCUGUCCGUCCUACAGUAUCCCUGCUUCUCUCUCAUCACUGGACCUCUUGGUGGAGAUCCAUUUGCGGUUAAUGUUGCUCUGACCAUCCUGAGUUGCCUGGCCUUUAUACAUCCUCUCUCUGUUUACCUGCACUGCCGGCGCCGAGCGGCUCGACGGACCAAAGCUGAUAAAACUACCUCCUCUUAAAUAGCACGUGUCCAUAAAGGGAAUGCGAUGAACCAACUUCACGGCAAAUAAAUGCUAAAAGGAGGUGGUGUUUAUAUAUGGAAAAUACUGAUGACAAUAUUGUUCUAAUGUAAACAAGGAGCAGCUAUUUUCAUGUUUAUGGAUAUUUAAGUUUUCACCGAUGUUCUGUACAAAAUGUUUUUGUUUUCUACGCUGCAUUAUAGUGCAGUAAUGCAGUACUUAAGCACCUUAUUAUUCACACACUUAAGGACAUUUUAAGGCAAUGUUUAAUUCUCGUCUAGGACUUAAAAGG